GCCUCACCUGCUUCAUGGACGCCAGCCUCCCGCUGAAGAGCUGAUCCCAAGCGAUGGGCUCACUGCUCCACAGCGUGCGGAGGCCCGCCUUCGGCGCAACAACGCAGCCACGCCAGCGGAGGAGGGAGACAUGCCGAGAACCCAAUUCAAGCUGGAGAUGGAUGUGCCGCUGCAGUUGUCGCCAGCCAAGACAGGUGGUGAAUCCGGAGCAGCACAGAGAGGAGCACUGGCAGCCUGGCAGCAUGCGACCAGCAGCUGGCUCUCGAUACACAGGGAUCUGAAGGAGAUCUGGUCCAAAGCUUGUGACCCUCCAACUCGCUUGGCCAAGACGGCUGCGUUUGUGGGAGAGCUCAAGCGCUGGGGAUCUGCGGAGGGUAAGCCGCACGGUUUGGGGGUCUUGCUUCUGGAAGACAUGCAGCACCUGGGUCGCUUUCACGAGGGCCGUGCGGAUGGCGAAGGCGUGUGCCUUAGCCGCAGUGGCUGCGUUUGGCACGGCCGCUGGACUUCAAACCUGCGUGUGGGAGAUUUUGUUUGCCUGGACGCGCGAGGGAAUCUGUGGUUGGAGCAGUAUGAUCACCAAGGCAAGCGAUACAAGCGGCAGCUUAUCCAGGGAUCUUCUGAAGCUUGCCAAGAUGCUAUCGUCAAGGCUGCUGUGACAUGUCAGCGGUGCGGCUGGCUCCACCACUUGCAGUUCAAUCAUGAGUUCGCGUGCCAACUCUCUGAAGUUUCUGCGGCCAAGUUUGGUGCGGGCCGAGAUGGUCCACCCAGCACUGGCGCAGAGAGCUGCCAAAGCAGCAGCUGCUUUAGUGCCCACCCUACGCUAUAA